AUGCUCCUAAAAUAUGUUUUAUUCACUGUUGUAUAUGUAGUAAAUAAUGUAAAUUCGGUGGAUCCAAUAAAUGGGAUAGUCCGAGACGUGGCGUACAUCGCUCGGAACGCCUGGGAACAGGUCAGAAAUCUUUUAAUUGGGAUUUUUUGAUGUCAUAAUUUAUUUCUUCUGGAAAAUUAUCGUAUUUUACAAUAUUUUUGCCUUUUUUUAGAUUGUCGGCCAAAUAAAAUUGCCGAGGAUUACCGCCAGUGAGAAUGGAUUUUCUUUUCAAUUAGACGAGCCAACACAGGUAAGAGAGGAGUUGAUUUUUUCAAUGCGAAUUUUUGCCACUACUUUCAACGUUUCUACCGAAAAUCAAUUUUUGUCCGCGCAAAGUUGGUCGAAAUGUGGUCAAAAAGCGGUUUUUCCUGGCCGCUCUCCUUGUUUCCACAGUCCUUCGUCUGUCAAAAAAUCUCGACUGAAACUGCAAAGCAAAGGCUAAAUUUUUCAGGGUUUUUUAUUGUUUUAAACAGUACGUACACCUUGUAGGUAAAGCCUAAAAAAAAAGUAUUUAGAGAGCUAGCUCUCUAUCAUUUUGUGUCAUCAAAAAAUAUUUUUUAUUUUUUUUUAGGAAAUCGAAACCCACUGUCCUCGAUGUCUUCCGGCGUCUCCUCAUCUUUUAGUUGGGACCUGGAAUGCGGUCCUCUGGUCACAGAACUUUCAUAUUGGAACGAUGACUGACCUCAAUAGUAUAAUCGAUAAGUUGGAGCAAGGAAAGCCGAUUUAUACGGAAAUGGCGAUAAACGAUCUUCUCGUGGAUGCUCCCGAAAUUUAUUGCCCUCGACUUACAGGUACUUUUUUUAAUGUCACUUUGUAAAAAUAAAAAAAGUAAAAAUAUUUUUUAAUUAAACAUUUUUUUGACUAAAAAUGAUGAUUGAGAUUAUCACCGAAAAAAAAGAGUUUGAAAUGUAAAAUACGGUUACGAAUUCGCUAAGCUCAAUUUUUAUUUUAUUUUUUCAGUGCUAAACGCCACAGACGUGACCAGAUUUGAAUUUAUUUAUCAAGUGGCUGAUGGUCGACAAAAAUCGAUCAUUGGGCCUUGGGAGAACCUACGGGAUGGGACGUUUUUCUGGCGAAUCGCACCGACAUUACACACAAGGUGUAAGUUUCAUAAUUUUUAUGAGUUUUACACAUUUUACACUGUUUUUUAAGCUUCAUUUUUUUCAAUUUCAGUAUGUGUCGCCUUCGCUACAGUCAAUCAAAACCCGGCCGCAUCAGACUUCGUAAUCCUAAAUCAAGUCGAUUCCUGGCCUCAAUGCUCCAAUUUCAUUGCUCUGGCCAAAUCCCGAGCUCCCGAAGAGGUGAACAAUCUCCGAGAUUUCAUGGAGCAACAAAACUUGGAUGGGGUUUUCAACAAAGUCAAGAAAUUGUAUUGUCCCGGCUCAACGGCCGGGACUCCGAAUAAUUCUAUUCUUAAUGGCUUAAUUCCUCCUCAAAACGGUGUCGUAUAUCCACCGGAAGACAAUGAGACCACUGUCAGUGACAAUGCAAUUGAUCCAUUUGCUUUGCCGAGGGAAGAAAUUAUAAAUCAAACGGGAAAUAGUAAUUCUACCGAAGAGAUUGAACGGUAA